CUCGACUUCAUGUUCCCCGUCGCGCUGAGCGCGUCCAUCUCGCUCUCCAUGACCUUGUUCUCCGGCAAGAGCUCGAGCUGCUCUGGCCACUCUGGCACGCAGUCCGCGCCGCUCGCGCUCGCGAUCCUCGACCGCCACGCGGGCCUCCCGACGCCAACGCUCACGUCCAGCCUGAAGCCUCGAAGCCGUCUCUCCCCCCCUCGCUGUCGGCUUGCUGCCACUCUCCCAUGCUCGCCGCCUGCAACAGUCGAUGUGCACGCUCAAGACCAUGCUCUCAUCAAGCUUCGCCAUCUGGCAGAGCCUUGCCGCCGACUCACUCCCACCCUCUUGUGUCCACGCUUGAGUAGUCUCCGCCUCGCUCACCCCGUACGUGUCAAAGAUCACUAUGCUCAAGCUGCUCCCGAUGACAUCUUUUCAUACCAAGGCUCCCCAAUUAGCAUCACCACGUUCCUGCAGCCCGACAUCUGCCCCACGCUCGAGACCCUCCAGCACGCGCUCGCCCACCUUCUCCGCACCACCCACGCCCUCGCGGAACGCGCCCACGCCCGAGCUACACAUGCCGACUGCACUCUCCGCCGCAUCGGCAUCCGCAGGAUGGGCAUCUCGCGCCUGUACCCAAACUGGCCGAGCCACGCACAAGACCACUUUCACUCGCUCCUGCAGCACCACACGCUCUUCCCCGCACUCGAGACCGUGUGCACGGUCGGCUUCCUCGUUGACGCGUGCACAGACCAGUUUGCACACGACAUCUUCAUCGGGAAGUUUGAGGAGCAGGGCUUGAUAUGCAGGACGGGAAGGGCGUCGUAUGGCUAUACACCGACCCUGCAGAUGGCAAGCAGGAGAUCGUCGCAUAGGACGAGAUCGUCGUGGAGUAUCAUGUGA